CAGAUGUAAGGUUAUUGAGCCUGAUGUGACCAUAUUGAGUGCGAGUUUUAUGGAUUUUGGCCUUCAAAACGAACGACUGAAUAUUUUCAUUGUGGAGGAGCUAGUGUGAGAUUUUCAAGAGAGAGAAUGUCGAAUAGUUUUCAAACGCGAAUAGCCUCCACCAUAGAGCUGUUGGCAAAAGCGGCCUUAGCAGAAAUUAGGAAAGUUGUUGACCUGGACUCUGUCGUGUUAAGUUUUAAAGUGUCUCAGGAUCACAGCGCAGAAGAAAUGCCGAAGAAAUUUACUUUGAUGACACAGUUCGCUUCCAUUAUGGAAGCGUUUUCUAAAGAGGCAGUGGACAAAAUCUGCGAGCUCGCCAGUGAGGAGUCUGCGGUUUUGCGGCUGGAAAUGUCUGAGAGUCAGAGUGAGAAUGGAGCCCUGAAGAGGAAAUUGGAGCUGAUGGAGCGUGAGCUGAAGACCUCUCAGGGAAGAGGGGAGGGAGCAGCAGGAUCAAGAGAGAACUCUGGACACAGCCGCUCUGUCGGAGUUCAGGCCGGGGUUGAAUUAACAGGAGCAGAAUGUGAGGAUGGCCUUUGUCCCACUGCCAGUCUGUGGGGAGGUGCAGAGUUCACAGAUGUGGAAGAGGAAGUUGCACCAUUCCAGCGUGUGGUCACGAUGGCAGAGUCUGCAGAUGUGGAGGAGGACAGACCUGAAUCAAUUAUCAUCAAGGAGGAGAUCAUUGAAGAGGAUCUAGAGAACCAAGAUCUACAGGAAGGGCUAGGGAUUACUGGAGAGGGACCUGUAGAGUUUGGCACUGAUUCUGGAGAGAAACCUCUUGUUCAGCAUCAGAGCCGUGUGGAGGAAUGUGACACAACUGCUGACAACAGAGAGGAACAGGAUGGACAGUCCGCACCAGCUGGGUCAAUCACUCAUACUUCAAUUAAAGACAGGUGUACCAUGAGUACAAAGCAUGUCAAGAAGAACCUGAAGACUGUUGGGACAGCUGGAAAAGAAGAGAAAAGGUCCAGUUGUGUAAACCACGGGAAAUGUAAUCUUAAAAAAAAUCAGACUGUUGAUGCAGUGGAAAAACCAUUCAGCUGCACAGAGUGUGGGAAGGGAUUCUCGAUAAAACGCAGCCUUGAAAUGCACAAGCAAAUUCACACGGGAGAGAAACCAUACAGCUGUGCUAAGUGUGGUAAGAGUUUCAGCCAGAAACGUGGACUUCGAACACACCAGAGGGUUCACUCAGAAGAGAAACUGUUCAGUUGUGAUGUUUGUGGGAAGACUUACAGUUCUGCUUAUUGCCUUAAAACACACCAGCAAAGUCAUACAGGAGAGAAAGCGUACCCUUGUACACAGUGUGGAAAGAGUUUCAGUCAAAGAUACAGACUUAAAACACACCAGAUUGUUCAUGCAGCAGAGAAACCAUUUAAAUGCGCACGUUGUGGGAAGGGUUUCACAGUAAAGCGCAGUCUUAAAGUUCACCAGCGAAUUCAUACGGGUGAAAAACCAUUCAGUUGUGCUACAUGUGGUAAGAGUUUCCGUCAGGCAAGUUACCUUAAAGUACACCACAGAGUUCACACAGGAGAAAAACCUUUUACUUGUGACAUAUGUGGGAAAAAUUUUAGUGGUGCAAAUAGUCUUAAAACACACCAGAUAGUUCACACAGGUGAGAAAGCCUUCAGUUGUGACAUAUGUGGAAGGAGUUUCAGUUUUGCAGUCAAUCUUACUAGACACCAGAGAAUUCACACAGGAGAGAAACCAUUUAGCUGUGAUAUUUGUGGGAAGAGUUUCAGUCAAGCCAAUACUGCUAAAGCCCAUAAGCAAAUUCACACAGGAAAGAAGUCAAGUAGAAAGGAAAAGAAAUUUAGCUGUACAAUAUGUGGGAAGAGGUUCGCCCAUGAAGUCUCAGUGAAAAGCCAUGAGCAAGCUCACACUGGGGAGAAAACGUACACAGUGAAGCCAUGCAGCUGUGAAUCAUGUGGAAAGGCCUUCAGGUCAGUUUAUGCCCUGAAAAUACAUGAACGAAUUCAUACGGGGGAGAAACCUUACAGCUGUGUUAAGUGUGGGAAGUGUUUCAAUCAAAUAAGUGCACUUUUGGCACACCAGAGAGUUCACACAGGAGAGAAACCAUUCAGCUGCAGUGUAUGUGGACGCAGUUUCAGUUUUUCAAAUAGUCUAAGAUUACAUCAGCGAAUUCAUACAGGAGAGAAACCGUUUAGCUGUGCCACUUGUGGGAAGAGUUUUGGUUUUAUAGGUAAUCUUAAGAGACAUGAGCGUGUUCACACAGGAGAGAAACCUUUCAGCUGCCAUAUAUGUGGUAAAAGUUUCAGUCAAGCUAAUAAUGUUAAAGCUCACCAGCAAAUACACACAGGGGAGAAACCAUAUAUGUGUGACAAAUGUGGGAAGAGUUUUGCAUAUAUAAGAAAUCUGAAAGAACACAAGUGUGUUUAUGGCUGAAAUAAACCAUGGCAGGAGGGAUUAGCCAGGUCAUUCAAAGCCAAAAGCCUUGAUCAUGUCAUCAUUAAUAUUUUGUGGGGCAAUUAACAUAAUGUGAGAGAUGUUGCACUGUUCUACAUUUCCAUUAAUUACAAUUAUGUCUCAUGCUUGGAAAGCCAGUAGCCAGCCUUUAGUAAAGGCAGUAAACACCAGAAAACACUGUCUCAACUUCACACUUUAUUUGGCAGGCAGAUUAAAUGCAAUAAAUCAACUCAGGAGUAGAUGGCCUCCAAUGGUUUCUCAGAUUCCAUUUGUGACUUAUCAGCAUACAAUUAUAAUCAAAAUAAGCCAGUUUUGUUGUGUAAUAAAUUCUAUAAGUUGCAGUUGAAUUAUACUUUA